UGGAUUUAUUGCAGCUGGUUGGAAUUUUUUCCGUGUUUGCUCCUGCUGUAGUAAGCAACCAUGUCUAUAUAUAGAGAUACGGGUGUAUGUGUGUCUGUUCUUUAUAUUAACCAGGGGCUAGAGCCCGUUGUAGAGCCAAAGCCGAUCGACGUAUCGUGGAGUCGACAUGGCGAAUCAGAAGGUUGAAAUAAAGUAUAAGCAGUUGUUUAUAAAUAAUGAGUUUGUUGACUCUGUGAGCGGUAAAACAUUUACGAGCAUCAAUCCGGUGGAUGAGUCGGUAGUAGCGGAAGUAGCAGAAGGAGAUAAGGCUGAUGUUGACAAGGCGGUGAUGGCUGCCCAGGCUGCUUUUGCUCGAGGCUCUGAGUGGAGAAAUCUCCAGCCUGCCCAGCGAGCUGCGCUUCUGAACAAGCUCGCGGAUUUGGCUGAACGAGAUGCCCAACAGAUCGCGAGUAUCCAGACACUGGAAAAUGGAAAACCUUUUCUUCAUGCGGUAGGGGAAACUCGUAUGGCUGCGGGAAUUCUUCGUUACUAUGCUGGUUGGUGCGAUAAAAUUCAUGGGCAGACGAUGCCGACAGACGAUGGGAGUUUGGUGAUGACUAGAAAAGAACCAGUUGGAGUCGCAGGACAAAUUACUCCUUGGAAUUUUCCAGUUAUUCUUCUAGCUUUCAAAUGGGGCCCGGCUUUGGCAGCCGGAUGUACGUUGGUUCUAAAACCAGCAGAACAGACUCCGCUGUGCAAUUUGUACAUCGCUGCGCUCACCAAAGAGGCAGGAUUUCCUCCAGGAGUUAUCAAUAUUGUCACUGGGUACGGUCCUACUGCUGGAGCUGCUCUGGCCGAGCAUCCUGACGUUUCCAAGAUCGCGUUCACUGGAUCUGUGGAGGUUGGAAAAAAAAUAAUGGUGGCAUCAGGAAACAGUAAUCUCAAGCGAGUGAGUCUUGAACUCGGCGGCAAGAGUCCUUUGGUUAUUUUUGAUGAUGUCGAUGUGGACGAGGCAGCACAGAAAGCUCACGACGCUAUUUUUAAUAACGCGGGACAACUUUGUUUCGCCGCAUCGCGGACUUACGUUCACUCAAAAAUUUAUGAAGAGUUCGUUAAAAAAUCAAAGGAACUGGCACUGAAACGAAAACUCGGAGAUCCUUUUGACGGAUCAACCGACCAAGGGCCCCAAGUAGAAAAAGAAAUUUUCGAUCGCGUCAUCAAAUACAUCGAGAUCGGAAAAAAAGAAGGCGCAACUUUGGUCACUGGCGGCGAACGUCUCGGACAAAGAGGAUUCUUUAUCCAGCCGACAAUAUUCGCCGACGUAAAAGACGAAAUGACGAUCGCUAAAGAGGAAAUCUUCGGUCCCGUCCAGUCAAUUUUGAAAUUCGACAGCAUCGAAGACGUAAUAAAACGCGCAAACAAAACAACGUACGGUCUCGCGGCGGGUGUAUUGACCAACGAUAUAAACAAAGCCAUUAAAUUUGCGCAGUCUGUCGAGUCUGGCAACGUCUGGGUAAACCACUACGGCGCAGUCACACCUCAAGCUCCUUUCGGUGGCUACAAACAAUCAGGAAUCGGUCGCGAACUCGGCGCCGAGGCCUUGGACCAGUAUUUAGAAACAAAAACAAUUUCCAUAAAAGUCUCCAGUAAUUAUUAAUUAAAUGUUCUCUCGUCUAGUAUCCACUGUAUGUUUUCCUAAUAAAAAAAUUAAAUAAUAUAAUAAUAAAAAAUUAUCAUCAAUUCGCUAC